AUGGCAUCCAAGUUAACAAGAACUCAGAUUGCCCAGCACUCGACUAAGAAGGCGAGUCGCGCAAGAAGGCAAAGUCUAUGCGUUACCAGAUACCGGAGCCACGAAAGGACCGAUAUCAGCAACGGCGCAGAUUAUCUUGAUCACAUGAAGGAAAUAUUGGACAAGAUCAACGAAAUGGAACAGCAGGACAACGACGACCACGGCUCUGAUACAAUUUGA